CCUGCAAAAGAAACACUCGCUCGCCCCCUGUCGGCCAAUGUGAAAAUUUUAAGUCAGCUAAGCGAGGUGAGUGAUCAAAGGUACAGCUGUCCGCAGCAGGUGGGAAGUAAAACUUUCUCCAACUUCGCCUGACAAGGCAUGUCCAAGUGGCUGAAUGAUGGUGAGGUGCUGGAGGGUCAAGGCAGUGGAGAAUCCGUGCCGGUGAGCCCACGGCUGCAGGGCAUGCCUGCUAUGAGCCCCGGGCGGUGCCGGGGACGCAGUCCUUUGGGUUCACGGCGCUCCAGAGACGCUGCACCGUUAAGCCCGCCCGCAGAGACCAUGGGCAAAGCCAGAGAGCUGUUUGUUCUGUGUGACAAAGAGGGGAAAGGGUUCAUCACCAAACGGGACAUGCAGAGGCUUCAGGGGGAGCUGCCUCUUUCUCCUGACCAGCUUGAGACGGUUUUUGAAAGUCUGGACCGAGAAAGCAACGGAUUCCUCACUCCGAUGGAGUUCAACACUGUACUUGGUGAGCUGAUGGGGCUGGAGGAAACAAAUGAGCUGAGUUCAGAAGAAACGGAGGAGGGCGUGGCUGAUGUGAACUGGUCCCCGGACCCCACGUCUGUCAGAUUUGUAAACAUGCUAAUGGAGCUCGGUGCUGACAAGCUUUUCAGCGAUCAGCAGGAGCUCAGCUACCUAUGGCAUGAGCUCCAGACGGACAAACCAGAGAUGCUGAGUUCCCUGGAGGGCAUCUUGGUCCAAGCAGUGUCCCACCUACAGGACACCAUCCGAGAAAGAGACAGUCUGGAGCAAGCUCUGCGCAGGCGGGAAAGUGAACAUGACCAGAUGGUUCGAUCCAUUUAUGAAGAAAUGGAAACCCAAGUCAGAGAGGAGAGGGAGAAACGGCUGGCUCAGGAGAGUUUUAAAGAAAAGCAGCGAGGCCAGCAACUUGAGGAGGAGCUGCGCAUGCGGGAGCAGGAGCUCGAGAAUGCGCUGGCCAGACAGAAAGAGCUUGAGACCAAAAUCCGCCAGCUGAGCUGCGAGCGAGCCAACAUCACCAAGCAGAACCAGCAGCUGCGGAGCCUGAACACGCAGUUACAGGAGCAGGUGGAGGGCAGCAGAGAGCGGCUGCAGGCUGCCGUGGGUCAGCUGAACCUGCUGCAGGCCAGCGCGGCCCAGGAGCAAAUGGCCAAGCAGAGAAAUGCAUUGAGGGUGUCGUGCAACAUCAAGAAGGAGAAGGACAGCCUCUUUAGGCAGCUGGAAAUAUUAAGGGAUAUGAACAGAAUGCUGCGAGAUGAAGGAGAUGCUCGACAAACACAGAGGAGGGUCAGUCACAGACACCCUGUUGUUCCUCCUUCCCCAUUAACUCAUUACCUCAAUGAGGACCUUUGUACUCCAUGGACCCGGCAGGUCUACCCACCCUAAGUCUUGGAAGGCGCCAUGUUUCUGCCAUCCUCUGGAUAAUCAUUAUUUAUGUGUGCAGCAGCAAUUGUUGGCUUAUCAAUUAAUUAUUUUCAAACUUCAGCGUCUUUUGGGUGUUGCUGUGGCUGCAGAUGUGAGGGAUUUUGCAGACCAGGCUUUUUUCGAUGUCCUGUGAUAACUUAAAGUAAAAAGUGUGAUUUUAUAUGUUCAUUUGAAGAAUUGUAAAAUACAGCAUUUAUGCCAGUGAACUGAAAUAGGUCAAUAAAGGGUCAGUAUUUACCAAGUGAAUGACACCUGACUACUUUACCAUCAUUCUAUCAUUUCCCAACAGUCCAGGAGAAAAUUAAAACUAUUUUAGUCUCAAUGGUAACAUUUUAAAUGUUCAGUCUAACAUAUAUUACUUUUGAACAAAUCUAAAUAAGUUCAGUAUUCAUUAAACAGUUAACUGUCCCAUAAAAAAUACCUGUUGGAUAUUUCUUGUUUUUUUCCCCAUCAACAAAAAAAGUGUUGAAAAUGAUUGUGAUGUUAAACUGCUUUUCAGCAGAAUAAAUGUCACAUUUGAACAUCAGCUCUGCCUUUUAAAUCAUUUGUAUUGGUGCUUUUGCAUCUAUCGGGUACCACCGUGA